UUCAGGGUUAAGUAGCCUUUGUAAUAACUUUUGCAAUUUGAAUUCACCAACUGUGUAUACUAAUCGAAUUUCCCUGUAAUCAUUCAUUCCGGAACAAAUCUUAAGUGAUUUUAAAUGGAUCUUGUCAAUUAUACACAUCCCGAUAUCGGGGGGAAUUUUCGCAUGGAUUUAUUUAACGAUACUCUAAAAUUACGAGUUCAGUAAUCACUAGUCUGGACAAUAAAAGUAUAAUUAAGCAAAUGGCCUCGACUAUACGGCUCGUGCGUGUAUUUCUAUUGAGUCUUUAAAUCUAAUAGACGUAAGAGUUUUAUAGAGACGAGCCGAUUUAUUUUAGAUAAUAUUUAAAUAUGAAUAUAAUACCACGGAUGAUGUUGUUUUUAUAAGGUUUUAUAAAUGUUGCGAGAGAGGAUUAUUUUGUUUAGUGUUUUUAUUACGUCACAAUAUCCCAAAGGAUAGGGAUAAUCUUUAGGUUAAUCUGCAGGCCUACAGAUAAAAAUUUAAUUGCUGGGAAAGAUUUCACUUUUUUUAUUUUUUCGAUUUAGGAAAGAAAAAACGAAAAAAUUUGGACAACUAUAAAUCAGAUUUAUUUAUUAAAAAAAAAUUUUUAUGCUUGGUGGAACGUAGUACUGUUUGAAAUUUCGCUUUCGCUAAUAUUGCAGAAAAUACUGUUCGAAAUUUAGGUUUUAGUGAGUGUCCGCCAUUUUGAGUCCAAAGUCAAAAAAACGUAUUUACAGCAGUAUAAGAUUUACAAUGCAACGAUAGAGGGUUGUUAAGUACUACUCUAAAGAAGCCUUAUGAUUUGUGGACGUUUGUGUUUUUACGAUCCGGAUAUAUCAAUCAAAAAGUCACAAAGUAGCGCUACCAACGACAACAAAUCAAACAGAAUGUCUGGAUUUACGAGAAUGCUUUCAAUUGCCAUAUUAUUUGCUGUAUUUUUAACGACAGGUACUCUAGCUCUGAUCUCAGCGUCUUCAGAUAUCGUUGGAAAUCUUCGUUGCAAUGGAACUGAUGUUAAUAAAUGUGUCCCUGCAUGUGUUUCGUACCAACUUGAUCAGUUUGGAUGCCCGACUUGUAACUGCGUGUUCAAAUUGGAUAAAUUCGAAGGCGAUAUCAAAUUAACUCCGAAGAUUUUAAUCAACAUCUUAGACCGAUUGAAUGUCGCUCGUGGGGCAAAGAAUCAUACUCUGGUGGACAAGGCUUUCCAACUUCAGAAAUGGAACACAACAAAGAGCGGAAAAUAUUUUCUUGUGCCUUACGUGUUCGACUACUCAUUAAGCGGAGCAGCUUUCCGUGCGAUAUUACGAGCGAUUGAAGCGUUCAACACUCACACGUGCGUUCGAUUGAUCUCAAGAACUUUUGAAAAAGAUUUUCUCAAUUUCACGGAUGCUAAAGGCUGCUGGUCUUAUGUGGGAAGAAACGGAGGAAGUCAGGAGAUCUCAAUUUCGUCAGGUUGCGAGUACGUCGGCACAGUGAUGCACCAAAUCAUGCAUGCGCUUGGGUUCUGGCACAAACAGUCGAGACAAGACAGAGAUAAAUAUAUCUACAUACUGAGACAGAACAUCAAAUCUGGAUUCGACGGAAGUUUCCAAAAGCAGACAACAGACAAUAUUGACAACAUAAAUUCUAUAUAUGACUACCAAUCUUUGAUGCAUUUCGAUCAGUUUGCGUUCAGUAAAGACCAAAACAGAUGGUUGACUAUUAUACAAGCAAAUGGGAACUUCUAUGACAAAUACAAUAAAGAUUAUUUCACUGGAGGAGACGUGGAUCUCAUCAACAAAUUGUAUAAUUGUCCUGCUGCGACAAAUUCAACGAGUUCCGGUAAUGGAACAUCGGGUCAGAAGACGAAAGAUCUCCCGCAAAGUUGUGAGGACGACGCAAAGAAUUGUGCAGAACGAAAAACGAAAGGUGAAUGCGAAGGUCCUCUUCCUAAGAAAGUAUUGAUGGGAAUAGACUGCAAAGCUACUUGCGGAAUUUGUAAAAAAGUAGAAACAUGUAAAGACGAUGCCACGAAUUGCGAAGAACGGAAAACAAAAGGCGAAUGCGAAGGACCUCUUCCUAAGAAAGUUCUGAUGGGGAUAGACUGCAAAGCCACAUGUGGAAUUUGCAAGAAAGCUGAAACAUGCAAAGACGAUGCCACUAACUGCGCAGAACGGAAAACAAAAGGCGAAUGCGAAGGUCCUCUUCCUAAGAAAGUAUUGAUGGGAAUAGACUGCAAAGCUACGUGUGGGAUUUGUAAAAAAGUAGAGACAUGCAAAGACGAUGCCGCGAAUUGCGCAGAACGGAAAACGAAAGGCGAAUGCGAAGGUCCUCUUCCUAAGAAAGUAUUGAUGGGAAUAGACUGCAAAGCUACAUGUGGAAUUUGUAAAAAAGAGACAUGCAAAGAUGUUGCCACGAAUUGUGUAGAACGAAAAACGAAAGGCGAAUGCGAAGGUCCUCUUCCUAAGAAAGUAUUGAUGGGAUUAGACUGCAAAGCUACGUGCGGGAUUUGUAAAAAAGAAAAUACAGAAACAACUUGCAAAGACACAGGAUCGAGAUGUGCUUAUCGAAAGGCGAACGCCGAGUGCGUUGGACCUGGUGCGAAAAAGAUAGUGAUGCAGAAAGAAUGUCAGGCAACUUGUGGAUUUUGUAAAAAAGAACCGUCUAAAACAACACCAAUCACGAAACCAACAACAAAAAAGACUCUGAAACCAGGUAGAAGGAGGAACAGAGGAUGCGUUGACAUCGGACCAAGGUGCAAUGCAAGGGCGAAUCGAGGAGACUGUGAUGGUUCUUGGAAACGAAAACAGAAAAUGGAAAAUGAAUGCAGAAGAACAUGCGGCUUCUGCAACUCAGGGUCAAAAUGCCGAGAUCAGCCUGGUAAAUUCUGCAAUAAAAAUCGUUGUCACAAGAUAUCAACUCGAAAAAAUUGUCCGAGGACUUGCAAUGCUUGCACAACCAGGAACCUAAUACAGGAACCUAAUUCGUUAAAAAGCAUAUUAGGAAUGUUCUACUUAGCUUUCAAUGGGUUUUCUGAUCAAUUCCCUAGCAUAUUUUGAUCAUGACGUCACAAUUCCAUGACGUAAUAGACAUGACGUAGUAAAAAGAAAUGUUCCAAGCAGAGCUGGAGGAUCCGAAUGAAUAUCGAUGAAAAUCGUAUGUGCCUAUAAUCACAUGUGCAAAAGAAAGAAAUACAUUUGUAUUGGGGAAUGCUACAGAAUUGGGAAUGCUUUUUUUGGAAAGCGGAAAGUGUACUAAAUUUCUCAUAUUGUGAUAUUUUUGAAUUUCUUAAUUUUAUUAUCUCUAUUUUAUUUGUAAUAAAAAUUCACUCAAUAUUUCCAA